AUGGUGGUUUCUCUUCUUUCCGAUGGCCUGUACACAAACCGAUCUGGGGAGGUCGACUUUCAAACUCCUCCUAUACGACGUCAUCGACACACACUUCCAACUUUUUCUUCCUCACCUCUUCUAAACCAUACAACGAAAAUGGCGCUCGCUCCUUGCGAAAAACAACAUGAAACUGAUCAUCUUCCUCAGGCUGCCAAAUUCGGCAAAAUGACUCCCCGGGACAGGACAAUGCUUGCCCUAGGAAUCAUAUUUGCUCGUCUUGGAAUUGAUGCUUCUGCUUCUGCUGAGGAGGGGAAACAUCCCGACAAUAUUGGUGUGGUUCAAAACGGUCGCGCUCUUGUCGAAACAACAACAAAGGAUCCAGAGUCGACCCUUGCUGACAAUCCCUAUUCUACCGACCACAAGACUAUCAUCGAUGCAACUCUUUACAACGCGGUCAAAACGAAUGGCAGGUGGGAGUACAUAAAGUUUGCAAGUGGCAAGGUUCUCAUCAAAACCAACUAUCCUUCCAAAAACCUUGCCAAAUUAACUUUCACCCAAUAUGGGAGCGCAAAACCCAAUCUCAAGUUUUGCAUCAAACAAGACACUGAAAAUGGAUACAUUUACAGUAAGAAGAUGAAACGCUUCACUUUCAACUGUGUCAACAAUGUCAACACCACUGGGGAAGUUGAAUCCUUUUCAAUCAUCCCAAAAUCUGACGAGAACAUUGCCAAAUUUGGCAGAUACUUUGACAGCAAAUUCAAGGGGUAG